AUAACAUUUUAAAAUGCAAUUGCGGGAAAAACACAGAUUUGGAAGCUUUGUCCCCUUGUCCCUGUCGCAACUUUCUGUUAUAGUGAGGACAUUGUUCUUGAUAUGCCGCUGUAAAUAUACUUCAGAAAUCAUGAACGGGGAAAGUCAGCAAAGACGUUACUCCAAAAGCUUGGUCCUGGAGGAUUCAGACAGAGGAGGAGUUGUCAUCACUGGAAGCACAGACCCUAGUGUCACUGAUGAGAGUGGCUUAAAAGAAGACAAUGAGACUGUUGCUGUCACCAUAAAUCUGAACCACCUCAGUAAAGAUGACAGGAUAAAAUUACUCAAGAUCAUGGAGCCUUACAAUGACAACAUGAGAGUUAUGACAAAGCAGGAUCUGAAAGCCAGCGUCAGUCUCUGCUCAUUGGACGGUGGCCUCAAAGGUCCUGGGGAUAUGCUCAAGGAUACCUACAGCAGAAUGCAGCGAUCAGUUGAGACACCAACUAUUGAGGUCGAUGGCCUCAGUGGACAAUUAAAUGCUGAAGGGAGGUUGAAGAGUGAAAUCAAUGGUACCACUUUGAAUGGGGAAUUGCCCAAUGUGACAUUGGACACACCUGGAACUGAUGGUGAUACAAAGUUCACAAUGUCCACCAUUGGAAUGUCUAGGCCUGUAAUGAAAGGAGCAGAUCUUGAUGGCACCCUCAGAUGCCCUGAAGACAGUCUAUCAAUACCAAAGCUCCGCACUCCAGAUGCCUCACUUGACUUGGAGAAACCAGAGGUUAAGACGAAUGGAUUGAAGUACAAGCAUCCAAAAUUAAAAAUGCCUCACUUCAAUCUACCACACAUAAAAGCCAAAGCACCAAAGGAAGACGUGAACGUAUCAGCAGAUUUAGAAGGCCCUGGUCUCAGUGGAGAGCUGGAGACACCAGACCUGAACCUUUCAGCCCCUGGUGUGGAAAUUAAAGCCCCAAAUGUAGAUUUUAAUGGUCCAAAUGCUGACUUGAAAGCUCCAGAUUGUGACAUAGAGGCUCCUUCAGGCAAAUUCAAAUGGCUAACUCUAACAAAGUCCAAGUUUGGAUUAUCUGGAACAAAAGUGAAGGGACCUGACGUGGACAUAGAUGCUGGCCUGUCUGCACCUGACGUGAAUCUCUCCACUCCCAACAUUGAUGGAGAGAUAAGCGCAUCAGAUGUAGAUCUGAGUUCACCAAAAGCUGAGGUAGAUCUGCAAGCUCCAGAUAUCAACAUUGAGGCUCCCUCAAGUAAAUUCAAAUGGCCUCAUUUAAAGAAACACAAAUUUGGUCUUCAUGGGCCAAAAGUCAAAGCCCCUGAUGUGGAUGUUAAGGCAGAUCUGGAGACACCAACCGUUGAUCUUUCUGCCUCAAAGAUUGAGGGUGAGAUGAGCACCCCAGAUUUAGAAUUGAAUUUACCCAAAGCAGACCUCAGUGGCCCUGAUGUUGACAUUCAUCCUCCCACUGGCAAAUUUAAGUUCCCAACACUCAAAAAGCCUAAAUUCAGGCUCUCUGGACCAAAGAUAAAAGCUCCAGAUGUUGAUGCAGAUCUGAAGGCACCUGACCUCAGUCUCUCUGUCCCUGAUGUUGAUGCAGGGCUUGACACGCCUGAUUUGGACAUCAAUUUGCUAAAUGCAGAUAUCGAAGGCCCUGAAGUAGACCUUAACGCACCAGAAGUGGACAUUGAGCCCCCUUCAGGGAAAUUCAAAUGGCUUACUCUAAAAAAGCCCAAAUUUGGACUCUCUGGACCCAAGAUUAAGGGACUCGAAGUGGACAUAGAUGCUGACCUGUCUGCACCUGACUUGAAUCGCUCCACUCCAAACAUUGAUGGAGAAAUAAGUGCACCAGAUGUAGAUCUUAAUUUACCCAAAGCUGACCUUGAAGCUCCAGAUGUUGACAUUGAUGCUCCCUCUGGAAAAUUCCAGUUGUUCAACCUAAAGAAGCCUACAUUUGGACUCCACGGUCCAAAGGUGAAGGAGCCAGAAAUGGAUCUGGAAGCGAAUCUGACUGUACCUGACAUGAGUCUCUCUACCCCUAACAUUUACGGGUAUAUAAGUGCACCAGAUGUAGAUGUCAAUUUACCCACAUCUGAUUUGAAAGGUCCAGAUGUAGAUCUUCAGGCACCAGAGGUCAACGUUGAGGCACCCUCUGGAAAACAUAGAUUUCCAACUUUUAAAAUGCCCAAAAUUAACUGGUCUGGACAUAAGGUGAAGGGACCAGACCUUGAUGUGGAUGCUGAUCUGAAGACACCAGAUUUGGACCUUUCAGCAAUUGAAGGUGACAUCGCUGUUCCAGAUCUCAAUGUCAGUUUGCCUGAAGCUGACCUCAAAGGACCAGAUAUAAAUGUAGACCUUGAUGCUCCCUCUGGAAAAUUCAAGUUACCGAAAAUAAAAUGGCCAAAAAUGAGAAAAGUAAAAGGACCGGAGAUUGAUGUAGAUGCUGAUCUUAACACCCCAGAAUUAAAUGUUGAUGUUAACUUACCCGAAGCAGAUCUGAAAGGGCCUGAUGUCGGCUUAAAAACACCAGACCUCAACCUCUCAGCACCAGAAAUUGAGGGAGACAUUGCUGUUCUAGAUCUCAAUGUGAGUUUGCCUGAAACUGACCUCAAAGGACUGGUUGUGGAUAUUCAAGCCCCAGAUGUCAACCUUGAUGCUCCCUCUGGAAAAUUAAAGUUGCCUAAAAUCAAACUGCCAAAUUUUGGUUUAACAGGGCCAAGAGUUAAUGGACCAAACCUGGAUGCUAAUCUAAAGGCCCCAGAGUUGGACGUCUCUGUUCCUGAUGUGGAUGUCAAUUUGCCAACAGCUGACCUCCAAGCCCAUGUUGUAGAGCUGAAAACACCAGACCUGGAUCUUUCUGCCCCCCAAAUUGAGGGAGCCAUCGCUGCUCCAAAUUUGAGUAUUAGUUUGCCUGAAGCUGACAUCAAAGGUCCAGAGGUAGAUCCUCAAGCUCCAGAUGUUGACCUUAAUGCUCCCUCUGGAAAAUUCAAGUUACCUAAAAUCAAACUGCCAAAUUUUGGUUUAACAGGGCCAAGAGUUAAAGGACCAAAGAUGGAUGCUAAUCAAAAGGCCCCAGAGUUGGAUGUCUCUGUUCCUGAUGUGUAUGUCAAUUUACCAACAGCUAACCUCCAAGCCUGUGUUGUAGAGCUGAAAACACCAGACCUUCCUGCCCCCAAAAUUGAGGGAGCCAUCGCUGCUCCAUGUCUUGAUAUUAAUGUGCCUGAAGUAGACCUUAAAGCCCCUGAUCUCGACAUUGAGGUUCCAUUAAUUGAGCUUAAGAUACAAGAUUUAGACAUAUCAGUUCCAGAGGUCGAUGUGAAUUUACCAAAAGUAGACCUUCAAGGUCAUGACCUAGACCUGAAAACAAAUCAUAAACUGGAGGGACCCAACCUUGACGUUGAUGCACCUGUCAUAAAUAUUUUAGUUCCCACAGUUGAGACUGGGCUUGUAGCCCCAAAGGUAGAUUUAGAUAUACCUCAAGCAGAUCUAAAUAUAUCUGCUCCUAAUGUUGAAAGUGAUAUCAGUGCACCAGAUAUAAAUCUAAGUUUACCAAAAGCUGACCUCUCUGGCCCUGAGGUAGAGUUGAAUGCUCCUGUUCUUAAUCUCUCUACCCCAGAGAUUGGAGUAAGUGUCCCAGACAUUGAUCUGAGUGUGCAGGGAGACAUUAAAAGCCCUGAGGUCGAAUUGAAAGCUCCAGAUGUUGACAUUGACGCUCCCUCUGGAAAACUGCCUUAUUUUAAGAUGCCAAAGUUUGGUCUCUCAGGACCUAGAAUAAAGGUACCAGAACUUGAUGCCUAUGCAGAUGUGAAUACGCCUGAUGUGGAAGUUUCUGUCCCCAAAGUUGAGGGAGAGAAUAGUACACCUGAACUGAGUCUCUCUGCUCCUGACGUUAAGGCCAAUGUUGACAUGCCAGAUUUAGACGUCAAUUUACCUGACGCUGACAUCAAAGUAGAUGACACUCACAAAAGUAAGUUAAAAUGGCCAUUAAAGUGGCCAAGCUUUGAUUAUUCUGGCUCAAAAGGUAAGGAUUCUGACGUGGACAAUGAGGAAGAGCAGAGUGGUGAUAAAACAGAGAGUGGUCAGGUAGAGGUACCAAUGUUUACCUUUCACAGACUUCCACAGAACAACAAGAUUGAGAGUGCGCUCAAAGAUGCUGCUGAGGCCCUUUUUGAGGCCAUUGACACACCAAAGCUUGAAGGAGGCCUUGAUACAGCUAGUACAGAGGUCAGUUUGUCUAAAGUGAAUGUAUCUUUGAAUGAAGGACGGAAAGAGACAUCACCUUCAGGACCUAUUAACAUCAUGGAGCGGUUGAAGGUGUUCAAAGCAAAAAUCAACUCAGAUGCACUGGACUCAUCGGAUGGAAACAAUAGCAUAUCAAUAAGCCUCUCCAAUAUGCUUGGUCUGAAUAUCACAGAUCCCGAUGCAGAUUAUUCCUAGUUUCCAGCCAUGUGAACCUUACAUUUGGGAUAAACCAACAUGAAUGCAACUAUUUUGUAAAUAAGCACCAUUCCAUUUGUGCAUGAGUUGACUCUAUGUUGAGGAUGUGGUUUCUUUCUAUGUAGAAAACAAAACAGAAACAUGUAAUUAUUUUUUAUGUAGUUUUGUCUCAGAUAUCUGUUUGUAUUAAUCCAUAUGCUACAUCUAUAUUUCAACAGUUGACAUCAAAAUGAAGGAAAAUGUGCUCAUUAGCUCUAUGUGUACUCAAACUUUUUCAAAUUAUGGUACUAUUUCCCAAAUUCUGUUCACUUGGAAGUAUACUCAUUUUUACAAAUGCCUCAGUAUUGUAUCUUUCACAAUUCAGACGUGUUUCACCCACAAAGGGGACACAAUCUGUAUGGAAGAUGUCAUCUUUACAUUUUAACAUUUUAAGCAAAAACAAUAGUUGAACAGUGAAAUGUAAUUAAACUACGCAUUAGAUUUUUUUCCAAUAAACUAUUAUAUUAAUACGUCCA